AUACAGGCACGAUUGCAUCGUGAGGUUGAAACCAGAUUAUCGUUGAGGUGGCUCGAGAGUUUGCCGUUUUCUGAUUGUGACGCAAAGGAGUUCACGACAACGGAACCGGCUUGUCAUUGGAAUACGAGAGCCGAGACGAUUGGGCUGACACUUUAUCACGCCACUGAGGGUGGGGGCCCACAGGAAAUGCAGCAUUGCAGCCUCAGUGUGUAUCACCAUAAACGCCAAGCUCGCGGGACAUAGGUAGACUGUGAAAUCCUCGAGGACAAAUCAACCUCCCGGAAUCCCAAGUAGCCAAGCUUUCGAAGCCGAAGCCGUGGCCAGAAGGUGUUCCUGUCUCCAGUAAUUCCAUGUGUCCUCGGAGAACAUUCUGUCUUCUGGUGAUCGCCUCGGACACACGCGUGCGACAUGAAAAACGCGGAAGUGAUGCAGACUGGAGCAGUGGAUAAGAUUGCAACCACCGACGCAGAGAUCGAGCAGCUCCGAGAACAACUACGACAGUUGGACGAACUCCGCGAUCCACUCCUCUUGCGAAUUGAGACGUGGAAACAAAAUCGGCCCUUUCAGCAAUUCCUCCGUCUUCCUCGCGAUGUCCGCGAAAUGAUAUACGACCGUUACAAUUCAGACACGACAUGCUACCACGAGGGUUACUUGCGGAAUCUUGCUCAGAUAUGCAAGCAAGUGCGCGAGGAAUAUCUCGACUGGCUCGGCUGGAACAGACCCUUGGUCGUGGACAGAUGGCUCUGCUAUUUGUUUCGCCGUUACAUCGGACGAGGCCAAACUGAAAGCGUGUGGCCCAACAUGCCGGCUCAGAUCAUAAGUCGCGCACAGCUUGUCGAUGUCAAGGCCAGACCUGAAGCAGCAGCAGACUGCAGACUAAAUGUGGCGAGCGGUGAAGUGAGAUUGAUCCAACCUACGGGGCCGACGAUUUGAUUCAAGAACAGGGUUGGAGACAAGCCCCUGCCAAGUCGAGUGUAUGUUUCGAGAGACUACGCCUUCUCGGUGAAUUCAUGGCUGAAAACGGUGGGGAUCUGAAGAAAGAGCACAUUGACUUAAUUUUUGCCGCCUCGAGAAUUGAUACGGGUCCAACUGAUCCCCAGGAAUAGCUGCGCAGCGAAUUGCAAGAAGGCGAGACAAUAAGG